GGCGAAUCGAUUCACCCGACGGCUUUUUCUUGUCGGUUCUUGAGUGGCGAAAAGUCGUGAUCGCCGGGUGAAGGCGUGGGCGACUCCGCCCUGCCGAUUCGGACAUCGCACCCGGGCUUUCUCGGCCGUCGUGGCGGCGUGCGGAUGAAUAAAGAUCAUCGCGUUCAAGACCAACUCCAAUUCGUCGUGCCUUCCCACCUUCCCUUCUUCUCGAGGAGGAGAAGACCGGCGUCUCCUCGCCCUGUUUCUUCUGGCCCAAGAAAGCGAUCAAGAAGCCGGAGCAGCAGAGCACUGCGUGGUGGGAGAAGCAGAGGAAGAAGAAGUCGAUGGAUAAUCCGUAUCCUUACUCUCCGUACGGCUACCCAAAUCAUCCUUCUCCACCUCCUCCCGUCCCCAACCCAUACCAAAGCCCGUACCAACCUCCACCGCCUUAUCUCUACCCUUCCAACUCCUUCCCGUCCCCACAAGACCCGCAACCGCAAUUCAACCACUCCGGCUCCUUCCACUACCUUCCACCGCCGUCGUCGUCCUACCCUCCUCCUCCGCCCCCUUCGGUCCCCCCGCCGAUCUAUUCUUACGAUCCCUACUGCAGUCCCCAGAACAACCCCCACCCUUACAUCUACCCCCACUCUCUUCCCUACGACCCCAAUUCCUCCGGCUUCCACCACACCGCUUCCUCCUCCCACCAUGAGCCAUCCGAGCAUGCUGUCCUCUCCGCUCAAUCCUCCAUCUCCUCCUCCUCCUCGUCGAUCUACCCCAUUGACGAUCUCCUCGCGAACGUCCGCCUCUCCGAUCAGUCCUCCGGCGCGACCCCGGGCUCGGUUUCGUCGCAUCACCGCCCGGGUGUUGACUGUUACCAGCACCAGUCCUCCUCCUCCGGGGGUUUCUCGCCUUAUACGCCGGUCUCCGCGCCGGCGGCGGCUUCCUUCGGCGUGUCGCAGCACGGGGCGAUCGUGCCGUUCGUUGGAACGUCGCCGUCGAAAGGCCGGGCGUCGCUGAAGGUUCUGCUGCUUCAUGGGAACCUCGACAUCUGGGUGAUGGACGCCAAGAACCUCCCCAACAUGGACUUGUUCUCCAAGACCUUGGGAGACCUUCUUGGUCCUCGGAUUACGGGCACCAUAACCGGCAAGGUGGAGCAGAUGACCUCAAUAACCAGCGACCCGUACGUGACCAUAACAGUGUCUGGUGCGGCUAUUGGCAGGACAUAUGUGUUGAGUAACAGCGAGAACCCUGUCUGGAUGCAGCAUUUCAAUGUUCCGGUAGCGCAUCAUGCCGCCGAAGUGCAGUUCGUGGUCAAGGACAGCGACGUUGUCGGUGCGCAGCUCAUCGGCGUGGUUUCGAUCCCAGCAGAGCAGAUCUACUCCGGUCAGAAGGUGGAAGGGGCUUACCAAAUUCUGGGUCCCAACGGGAAGCAAUGCAAGCCUGGCUGUGUCUUGAGGUUAUCGAUACAGUAUAUACCAAUGGAGAGGCUCAGCAUUAACCAUCAAGGAGUUGGCGCUGGUCCUCACUACUGUGGCGUGCCUGAUACCUAUUUUCCUCUCAGAAAAGGUGGGAAGGUCACGCUUUAUCAGGAUGCUCAUGUGCCUGAUGGUUGUCUUCCGGACCUAAGGCUGGGAAAUGGGAUGCAUUACGAACAUGGCAAGUGUUGGCAUGACAUCUUCAAUGCAAUAAGCCAGGCUCGCCGUUUGAUAUACAUUGUUGGUUGGUCAGUUUUUCACACAGUCCAGCUCGUAAGAGGUCCUGACGGUUUGUCAUUUCCUAUCCUUGGGGAUCUACUGAGAUCUAAAUCACAGGAAGGAGUGAGAGUGCUUCUUCUAGUAUGGGAUGAUCCGACAUCUAGGAACAUCCUGGGCUUUCGAACAAAUGGCGUAAUGGGAACCCGUGAUGAGGAGACUCGUCGUUUUUUCAAGCACUCUUCAGUGCAGGUGCUGCUUUGUCCUCGCUCAGCUGGUAAAAGACACAGCAUUGUAAAACAACAGGAAACAGGAGCUAUCUAUACUCAUCAUCAGAAACAAGUGAUUGUGGAUGCUGAUGCUGGUAAUGGCAAAAGAAAAAUAAUAGCAUUUGUUGGAGGGCUUGAUUUAUGUGGCGGGCGAUAUGACACUCCUAAACAUUCUUUGUUCCGGACACUGCAAACACUGCAUAAGGAUGACUAUUAUAAUCCUAAUUUUGUGAAUUCUGAUGACAGCGGUCCAAGAGAACCAUGGCAUGAUUUGCACUCUAAGAUUGAUGGUCCAGCAGCUUAUGAUGUUUUGAAAAAUUUUGAGGAGCGUUGGUUAAAAGCUUCAAAGCACCAUGGGAUCAAAAAAUUGAAGAAAUCAUCAGAUGAUGCAUUGCUCAUUAUUGAAAAAAUCCCAGAUAUUUUAAGGGUUGAUGAUUUGUUAUUCAUGAAUGAUAAUGAUCCGGAGACUUGGCAUGUUCAGAUUUUCCGAUCCAUUGAUUCAAAUUCGGUGAAAGGUUUUCCUAAAGAUCCAAGAGAUGCUAUUAAAAAGAACCUCGUUUGUGGGAAGAACGUACUGAUUGACAUGAGUAUCCAUAGAGCUUAUGUUCAUGCCAUCCGAGCUGCCCAACACUUCAUUUACAUUGAGAAUCAGUACUUCCUGGGAUCAUCAUUUAAUUGGGAUUCAAACAAAGACUUAGGUGCUAAUAAUCUGAUACCAAUUGAAAUUGCUCUCAAAAUUGCUAACAAAAUCAGAGCAAAGGAGAGGUUCUCUGCAUAUAUUGUUAUCCCCAUGUGGCCUGAGGGUAAUCCAACUGGUGCUCCUACACAAAGGAUUCUGUUUUGGCAGAACAAAACUAUGCAAAUGAUGUAUGAGACGAUCUACACAGCCUUGAAAGAAGUUGGUCUUGAAAAUACGUAUGAGCCACAAGAUUAUUUGAACUUCUUUUGCCUUGGUAAUCGUGAAGUUCCAGAUGUAAACAAUUCAAGUCGGAAUGCAGAAACCUCUCCUCAAGCGCUUGCCAAGAAGAACAGACGCUUCAUGAUCUAUGUGCACUCAAAGGGUAUGAUAGUGGAUGAUGAGUAUGUGAUACUGGGAUCAGCAAACAUCAACCAGAGGUCCUUGGAAGGUACCAGGGACACUGAGAUUGCAAUGGGUGCGUACCAACCUCAGCAUACACAGGGAAGAAGGCUCUCUAGUCCUCGUGGACAGAUUUUUGGUUAUAGAAUGUCGCUGUGGGCUGAGCACAUUGGAACUAUAGAGGAAUGUUUUAACCAUCCGGAGAGCCUUGAAUGCAUGAGGCGAGUUCGUGACAUCGGUCAGUUUAACUGGAGCCAAUACGUGGCCGAUGAGAUUACUGAAAUAAGGGGCCACCUACUAAAGUAUCCAGUGGAUGUCGAUAGGAAAGGCAAGGUGAAACCUCUUCCUGGACACGAGACAUUCCCAGACAUUGGUGGCAAAAUCUGUGGGUCAUUUUUUGCCAUUCAAGAGAAUCUUACUAUAUGAUUUUCUUUUCACAAUGAUGCGGACCAACCACUUCAUAGCUGGGCUAGAUUUUCGGUUGCCAAUGUAGAUUGUUAUGUACAGCAGGAGACCAUGAAUAUUUUGAUUAUUUUCAGCCAGAUUCCCCAGCAUCCCUUGUACAGGAUCAACAAGGUCUGACUGUUAGUAUAUGCCACCGAAGAUUUACUUGAUAGAGAUGAAACAUUGUAUACCGAUCCGAUAUGGUGGGUUCACACACUAUAAUGUUUCUGUGUAUGUAUGCUUUAUGUAUCUGUACAGAGCCACUUCAUGAUAGGCCACUAUAAUUAUCGUACGUUACCAGUUGCAUGCCACUAGUUUCUGCC